AUGAUUACACAGAACAUUUUAUCUUUACAUUAGCGCGAGCGAAAUAGAGAAAAAGAAAAAACAACCAAGCCAGUAUAGCAGACGUUCUCUUAACGGUGAUGCUGUUGAGAGUUUUAGUUGAAGUUUCAGUUUGAUGGAGUCCUGUUCUUCUUUAAGCUCCUCUUUAUCACUAAAACAUUCGUCACUAACUACUUUAAUCACUCCUAUUAACAAUAACUGGAGAAGCAGGAAGAUCAAAUCUCGUGUAUUACAGGUUUCUGCAUUUUCUUACCAGAAAUUCAUUCAUUUUGCUCUCAAUGAAACCAAACGUCAGACCGUUUUGGUCCCUUCUCCCCUUCAGGAAAACUUUAGUCCCAUGACUGCAAUGGAUGGAAGAACAGAGCUUAAAUUGCUAUCAUUCCAAUCUCCCAAGAUUAGACUCCUACGUAGUUUGAGUGUUGAAAAUGAAGCAAUGCAGGUUUUGGAUUUUGCUGUCUUUGCCAGACCAGAAUUUGAUGUCCCCAUAUUUUGUGCUAAUUUUUUCACAACUGCUAGCAUGAACAUCAUUGUACUGGACCUCAAUCCCUUGCACAAUGUUAUUGUCCAAAGUGAUUACAAGGAAAAGUACUAUAAAAGCUUAUUGCCUUUAGGUCUCAAGUAUGCAGAGCUUUUUCCUUGGGGAGGAAAGCUCACAAGUGAGUCCUUGCAAUUUUUCUCACCAAUUGUGAUAUGGACUAAGUUCACUUCAACCCAGUACAGACAUGACACAUUAUAUUCUGCUUUCGUGGAUUACUACAAGGCAUGGCUUAAGCUGAUUGAACAUGCUCCAGAAGAUAAAGAUGCAUCUCAAAUUAUAUGCAACCAGGAAGCACAACACAAGUAUCUAACGUGGAGAGCAGAAAAGGAUCCAGGCCAUGGAAUUCUGAAAAGGUUGAUUGGUGAAAGUCUUGCAAAGGACGUGGUGAGGAACUUCCUCUUCAAUGGAAUCAAUGAACUCGGCAGCAAAGGAUUCUUGGAUUAUUUUCCAGAAUACUGUUGUGAAGAUGGGAAUAUAAAUAAGAAGCGCAGUAUCAUUGGGAAAUCUUUUGAAAACCGUCCAUGGGAUGCAAAGGGAGAAUUCUUAGGUAACAAUAUCAAAAUUUAUUAGACAUCUUGACUGGUAGACUUUUUCUGUUUCCUCAUUCUACCUAACUUUUCACCUGUUCAAUUUUGAAGCUAGAAAUUUUGUGAUAUGUGCAAUUUUUCUUUUUCCUAAGAAAAAAAUCGAAACAUCUUGUAUUCGGAAAGUUUCAAGUGCUAAGUAUGCCAUUGUUGGCUGCCAUAGCUUCUCCUCCA